AUGUCCUCAUCCCGCCCCGCCGUCACACCCACGACCUCUUCCUAUCCGCCGUCCGACGCCGUUUUUUCCACCACGCCGCCGCUGGCCCCGAACGUCUUCUCUGGCUCUGGCCCUGGCCCUGGAUCCCACACCUCGCCGUCCCCCCGAUCCCGAUCCCGCCGCACCAGCAGGAGCCGAGACCUGGCCAACCCUGGCUCGAGGAGCCACCUCUCCCACUUCGACGCGAUCGACAACAAUCCCCCUGCAGACCCCGACCGUCCCUCGGCCCCCGCCGUCCAUCCUGCUGCCACAUACUCGACAUUUCCCUCCAAUCCGCCGCGGACCUCGUCGCUUGCCGCCCGCAACCCCCCACGCACCUCAUCGUUGUUGCCGCCUGCGAGAAUUGUCGUCGACCCGGGCACUCCCAACGCCGACGCUCCCGAGCUUCGCGAUCCGUUCAAUGACCCCCGACCGGCGCCCAAGGUUCCCGAUUCCGCCAGAGAAGGAGGCACGAGACACAAGAGGGGGCAUUCGCGGUCGAGUAGCGCCGGUGGCCUGAGCGACACACUCCGCAAUCUGAACCGCUGGUCGGCCUCGACGACUUCAAGUCGCGCAUCCCACCUUGCCGACUUCACUCGACGGAGAGGCAACCGGACCGAGCCGGCCGCGGCCGCAGCCUACGCGCCGCUUCAGAGCCUUCCCCAAAUUUCGACGGGGCCGUCGCUGGAGGACGAGGUUCUCGAAGCCCAUGCCCUGAGAUCGUUUUCUCCGGACCAGUCUGGACAGGCGCUGCCCCAGUCACAACAGGAUACCGGCAGGUUUUGGGAUGACCAACGAGGCGAGGAAGGGGAGCAGGGACUAUUAUCAUAUCAGGCGCAUCUGGCCGAGCCACCCGACAAGAUGGUUAUGAACGGCUCUACCAUGCCCUACACGCAGAAUGGCCAGGCCAGGGGCCACUCACGCAGUCGAUCAACCGGGGCAAAAGGGAGCGCUGACACCACCGUCUCCUCGCGGAGCCGAGACAAGGAUCGUGACCGUGAAAGGGACCGUGAUCGUCAGGGGAAGCCCAUAUCCCAAAAAGCAAUGUUGUCUAAGGCUUUGCAAAAGGCAAAUACAGCCGUUCAGCUGGAUAAUGCUCAAAAUUUGGAGGGCGCUAGGAGGGCUUAUGCCGAGGCAUGCGCUGUGCUGCAGCAAGUACUCCUGCGGACUUCCGGGGAGGAAGAUCGGAGAAAGCUCGACGCCAUCUCCGCUUUUUCAAGGGCUCGGUAUAACAAUGGCUCAACACUGCGUCCCCCAAAUAUCGAUAACACAUAUAUGCCGCCGCCCCUAUCACCUCGGCGGCCAUUCUCUCCCGCCCGACUCACUCCACCGCCUGUCGAGCACGAAAGCCCUCAACGCCCCCCUCCAGAGUUGCCCGCCCAUAACACCCAGUUAGCACCGCCAAUGCCACACCCAGGACAUAAACGGGUAGGCAGCCACGAAUCAGUCUCGUGGUUGGAUCCUAUCGACGAGUCGGAGCAUUCUAGUGUAACCUCGGUGCACUCUCGGUCCUCUUCCAGGGUGGUACGGAAGCAUAUACGAGCUGCAAGUGGUGCGACGGAAGCCGAAUUCGACGCGGCUCUGGACGACGCGAUCGAGGCCGCAUACGACGACGGAUACGACCCUGAGACGCAGUACUCCGAACACCCCUAUCACGACACCCAGGUAGAUCCCAUCGCCAGCACGCUUCGGCGGGUGGAGAUAGCGAGGGAAUUAGUGCGUGAGUCCGAAAGGGAGGCACUGGAGUUGGCGAACGAGCGUGAGCAACGACUACGGCGACAACAACAACUAGAGGAUGAGGAGUACCGCAGACACGAGGCUGUCGGCGAUGAUGAAUUUUACGACGGUAAUGACUCGGAAGAGGAUGAACGACUGCUGGAGCAGAUGACCAAGGGCAACGCCAUCGAGGACUUUGCGUUUGGCGUCCAGCCAAAACCACCGGUCCCGCGAGAAUCAGACUCGAGCGGCAUGACCGGCCGGACAUGGCACAGCUCCAUGGGAUCCAACCCGCCCACUGGGACGACCCUUCUCACCCCGGUAAGCGAAGACAACGCUCCCCCGUAUCCAUCGGGCCCAUUACCGGCGUUGCCACCCCACGCGAUGGCCCCGCUACCCCCGCCGCCAACUUCGGCAGGUUCGCAGAGCUCCGGACAAAGCGUUCGGAACAGGCGGCUGUCUGGCCAAAACCCGAAAGAGCUCAAAAUCGAGACGACCAAGCUCGCUCCGUCAGCACCAGCAACAGCCGGGCCAGCAAUCCCCUCAAUGCCAAAGGCAGGCAGUUACAUCGUACAGCAACGGCAGGCUCUAUCCGCGGGCCCCAACCGCACAGCUGGGCCGUUCUCUGCCAGGGCCGGCCCGUCCCCUAUUCCCGGAACCCUCGACGAAGAGCCAGAAGACGCGCCGUUACCGCCGCUGGCCUUUUCCCAUGACGACUACUCGCGCGUCGGGACCCCCUCGGUCGUGCGCCCCAACCUCCGAAAGAACUACUCCGCCUCGUCUCUCAAAAGCCUAAAGACGCGCAACCUCUCCAUCUCCCACAUGGAAGAAACGCCAGACCACUCCUCCCCCGGCACCCCGCUGAGCACGCAGUUCGGCUCCCGGCUCCCCGCGAUGCCCUCGCUGCCCCCAGGCCUCGUCAAAGACCGCGCCAACAGCGCGACCACCAGCGGGCUGCACCUCUUCGAGAACCACUUCCACUCCGCCGACGAACCCGGCUCCCCCAACCCGCUGCACCCGGACGCGCCCGCGCCCCUCGAACCCUGCCCCAGCGACGUCACCCUCCGGCCCUUCUGGCUGAUGCGCGCCCUCUACCAGACCCUGUGCCACCCGCGCGGGGGGUACGUCAGCACCAAGCUGUUCGUGCCCCGCGACGCCUGGCGCGUCAAGGGCGUCAAGCUCAAGGGCGUCGACGAGAAGAUCGCCAACUGCGACCUGCUCACCGCCGCGCUGCAGAAGCUCGGGCGGGUGGACACCUGUGAUGCCGAUGCUGUGCUUGACGAGAUGCAGGCGCUGGAGAACGUGCUUGAGCAGGUGCAGACUGCGCUGACGAGGCGGCUGGGCAGUGAUGUGGGCGUGCAGGGGGCGGGCGCCAUGUUCAAGGAUGCGGCUGCUGCGGGGGCUGGGGAUGGGGUGGACCCGGCGUCGAUGCCGCGCUCCGCGAGUGUGGCCGGCAAGGCGAGCGGGUUCUCGUGGCGAAGGUUAAGGAGCAAGAAUAGCUCGGCGAAUUUGCCGGGGCUGGCGACGGGGUAUGGUGGGAAGGGUGGGAGCGGUGGGAAUGGUGGGGGGAUUGGUGGCGGGGCGAGCUCGACGAACUUGCAUGAGGGCAUGGGUAAGGAUAUGGUGAUUGCCAGCUUGCCUAUGACGAGUCACCCGACCAGCCGGCCGACGAAGCGGGAUGUGGGUGCUGUGGGGUUUGGGGGGCCGAAUGCGCAUUAUAUGGCGUCGUUGGCGAGGCUGUUUGAUGCCGCGCAGACAGUGGACCAAAUUGCGCGACAGGUUGACGACCCGGGCCUGCGGCACGCCGACAAGACGCAGGUCGGCAUCGAGCUCUGCACACGCCACGCAGCCGAGUUCUUUGCCUUUUACAUUUGCCGGUUCGCACUCGCCGACAUGACGCUAUUGUUAGACAAGUUUGUGAAGCGCGGCACCGAGUGGGUGUUGGCGUGA